GCUCGCUCGAGAGAGAGAGAGAGAGAGAGAGUGGGAGAGAGGCACGGUGGAAAGCAGCGGAGGAAAGUCCGCACGCUUGCUGUCUGUGGACUGGACGUCGGUCAGGUGCUGGAUAUGGCUUCCAUUAGCUGCGUAGCCGGCAUUUGCCACAGUGUCACGAAUUGCGCGGCUGUUGAACCUCGAGCGACCGUCGGUAGUACCGAGGCAAAUCUGCGAGGGAAGAUCGCUCAUGUGAGCGGGCGCCAUUGGUUCUCAUCGACCUCAUGUGUCGCUAGUGCUCGUGCUGAUGUCGACUACCACGUGGCAGUUCAUGCCAUCAGGUCUUCCUUCCCUCCCUCUGUUUCUUGUUCCCGCUAUCGCCAUCCCUCUCGCUUGAUUGGCGCUUGUUUCCCGCCGAUUGGCGGCAGACGUGUGGCGGGAAAGGUUUGUGUUGUUGCGGAUGAACUUCGCGCGGGUACCGCCGCCGCCGAUGUUCUAGAUCUCCGCAGUCACCAUCGAUUAACUCAAUCAUCAUCAUCAUCAUCAUCAUCAUCAUCAUUGUCGCCAUCAUCAUCAUCGUCGCCAUCGCCAUCGCUAUCAACAUCAUCGUUAUUGUUGUCGUCAUCACUUUCUUGUGCGUCUUCUCCUCCUGCCGCCGCUCGCCUUCCGGCUGUGGGUAUCGGCAGGGGUCUCUCGGUGCAAGGGGCUCUAGCUCUACCCAUCAGAGGAGGAGGAGGAGGAGGAGGAGGAGGAGGAGGAAUCUGGGAGGGGGUGGUCAUUCGCAGCCAGCCAUCGCUUUUAACGUCGCGAUCCCGACUUGGUGUUUCGUGCAGCUUCAAGACAGUGGCUAUGGCGAUCGCGACGGAUGCACCAGCUCCAGCAGAGAAAGAGGAGGAGGAGGAGGAGGUACACGCGGCAAGAGAGAAUGCAGAGACGAGGAGAGCAAAGCUGAGUCCUGGUGAUGCCCUGGGGCCCGAGUACACGCAGGGGAGUAAUUUCUACAACAACGACGACAGAAGGGCGGGCGUGCUUCUGCAUCCUACGUCGUUACCCGGUCCGCACGGAGCAGGCGAUUUCGGUCCAGGUGCGUUCGCCUUCCUCGACUGGCUGAAGUCUACGGGGUGCUCAAUUUGGCAGAUACUGCCACUUGUGCCCCCAGGAAGGAAGUCCGGAGAGGACGGCUCACCUUAUGCCGGCCAGGAUGCAAAUUGCGGAAAUACCCUUCUGAUCUCCCUGGAGAAGCUCGUGGAGUAUGGCCUGCUUGAAGAGUCUGAGCUUCCUCCACCGGUCCCUGUGAAGCGCAUUGAUUUCGAAGCCUUAGCUGCCCUCAAAGAUCCGUUGAUCGAGAAGGCCGCCACGCGGUUGUUGCUCAGCGAUGGCGCUCUCAAGGACGAGUACGAGACCUUCCGUGCCAGUCCUAACGUCUCCGGUUGGCUGGAGGAUGCGGCCUUGUUUGCUGCAAUCGACGACGUUCUGAACAUGCAAUUCUGGUGGGACUGGCCGGCGGAGCUGCGCGACGGUGAGCCUGCUGCACUGGAUGAAAUCCGCACGACCAAGAAAGAGUUCAUCGACCGGUUCUGUGUUCAGCAGUUCUUGUUCCAGAAGCAAUGGGAUGAAGUCCACCGGUAUGCCAAUGAAGCUGGCAUCAGUGUGAUGGGCGAUAUGCCCAUUUACGUCGGGGGACACAGUGCCGAUGUGUGGGCCCAUCGGUACCUUUUCACACUCGACCCCGAAACUGGGGCCCCAGUGUUCGUCAGUGGUGUCCCUCCGGAUGCUUUCAGUGCCACCGGCCAGCGUUGGGGGAGUCCGCUUUACGACUGGGCGGCAAUGGCAGAGGACAAUUACUCUUGGUGGAUUCAACGGAUGCGACGGGCGUUCGAACUCUAUGAUGAGUACCGGAUUGACCAUUUUCGUGCGUUUGCUGGGUACUGGAAAAUUCCGGCGGAGGAGGAGACGGCCAUGGGGGGAACAUGGAGGAUGGGUCCAGGGAUCGACUUCUUUAACGUUGUACGGAGUACCCUUGGGGACUUCAAGAUUGUCGCGGAGGACCUGGGGGUAAUCACCAAGGACGUGGUGGACUUGCGGAAAGCCAUCAAUGCCCCUGGGAUGUCAGUUUUGCAAUUUGCCUUUGGUGGUGGUCCCAAGAACCCCCACUUGCCUCACAAUCAUGAAACCAAUCAAGCAGUGUACCCGGGGACCCACGACAAUGACACCGUGCUGGGUUGGUACAAGAGGGUGGAGGAUUGGGAGAGGGAGAAGGCAUCUCGGUAUUUGCACUUUGACGAAAAGGAGGACGACGUCUCUUGGGCUUUCAUCAGAGCGACCCUUGAGUCCGUCGCGCAGAUUGCGAUUAUUCCAAUGCAGGAUGUGAUGCGGCUGGACAACUCAGCAAGAAUGAACAUGCCAGGGGUCAAGACCGGAAAUUGGGGGUGGCGAAUGGGAGAGGUAGACGUCUUGCAGAGAACCCUUUGCGAUGAAGCGAAGAUGUUCAAGGACUUGGUAAAUAUGUAUAAUAGGCUACCGCUGAAUCAUCCAGCAGCCAAGGAAGAAGACAAAGGAAAGGAAGAAGAGGAAGCAGGCACAGCAGAUGGUAGUGAAAAGGAGAAGAUAGACGACAGUUCUGCCGCAGCAGCAGCAGCAGCAGCAGAAGAUGAUGAAGGUCAAAGGCCUAUUCUGCACGCAGAUGUUUUGUCCGGUGCAUCUGAAAAGAGUGCAACAAGCUCAGGCUGACAAUCAUCAUAGUGUAGACAAUUGAUGAGCUUGAUAGGAUAAUUACCAGUCUCAGACAGAAGAAGGAAAACAGAAAAGGGAUCACUCUCAGAGUCUCGGCAUCUAUAAUUAGCAUUGUCCGCAGAAGGAUAGGAUUCUUUCCAUGUUUCAUUUCUGCAGUUUCUAGGACUCGAUGGUACGAUCUCCCAUUCAUUGGCGAGGAUUUGUUGGUCCUUUUGUCUUUCUUGUCUUGGUCCCAGUGUAAAAUGUGUUCUCACUAUGUUAACAAGUUAGCAUGUGAGCCUGUGAUGCACACAGCUCUUUUUCUCUCUCAUUGAAUAUCAAAAGAUAUAUAUGUAUAUUCACAGAGAACUGCCCUUUGAACCUAUGUAUAGUAGUAUACUCACAGAGAUCUGCCCUUUGAAGUUUGAACCGUAGGCAGAAAGGUAGAACAAGACAAGAAAUGGGGGAGUGUGAUAUAUACUCUUUCGUUGGAGUUUCACUGGAGAGUUUCAUACAUGCGGUUUGCAUUUCUUCUGGCUCCAGUUGUCUUAGUCUCUCUUCCUUCGGCGUCUGGUAUUCUGAUC